AUGAUGUUGACUGAGUUUUCAUUCGAGUACACACCGAGACCGGCUAUCAAAGGACAAGCCUUGGCGGAUUUCGUUGUAGAGUGCUCGGCGAGGGAUGAAAGCGCGCCGACCGCCGCUGAACCAACCCCGGCAGAGUGGGAGAUCGCCACGGAUGGGUCGAGCUGCAAACAGGGCGCAUGCGCUGGCGUUAUUCUUACUAGCCCAGAAGGCUUGAAGGUUUAUUACGCCCUGUCGCUCUCCUUCUCGCCGACCAACAAUGAAGCGGAAUAUGAGGCAUUCAUCGCCGGCUUACGUAACGCCCGUUCUCUAGGGGCGCGAUGGGUGAGGAUCCGAACGGACUCGGCUUUAGUCAUUGGUCAAGUCACCGGCGCCUUCGAGGCAAAGGGCGAGCGAUUUGCUCGGUAUCUAGAUCACGCCCUCUCCGUCAUGGGGUCGUUUGAUGCAUCCGUCGCCGAGCACAUCCCACGAGCCGAAUACGCUGACGCAGACAUGCUAUCCCGGUUGUCGCAUGAGGCCCCGGAAUACAUCUCCAAAGUCGCCCGAGUGGAAGAAUUACCGGCCGCCUGUAUUGAUGUGAUGCCCGUGGCGCCGGUCGCCGAGGACCCCGAGGAAUGGAUCUCCGAUCUCCGGCUGUACUUACAAACCGGGACCCUACCCAAGAAUGACCGUAGGGAAAGGAAAGUGAAGUUGCGCGCACCCCGUUUCCAGAUGCUCGACAAUCGUUCGUAUCGACGGUUAUACGAGGGCCCGCUAAUGAGGUGUCUGUCUAAAUUCGAAGCCGAUCUCGUGAUGACCGAGCUGCACUCCGGACUUUGCUCUGCUCAUCAAGGGGGUCGGGCACUGGCAAGAAGGAUAAUGCUGAUCGGCUAUUAUUGGCCGUCGAUCCAAUUGGACUGUGAAUCACUAGCCAAAUCGUGCGAAUCCUGCCAGCUGUAUGCCCGCGUCCCGGGCAGACCGGCCACCUUCUACCAUCCGGUCAGUUCAGCAAUCCUAUUCGCAAAGUGGGGGGUGGACAUCUUAGGACCUUUCCCCCAGUUGACCGGACGACGGCGCUUCAUUACCGUCGCCAUUGAUUACUUUUCCAAGUGGAUCGAGGCUGAACCAUUGGCGACGAUCACGUUUCAACAGUGCGCCCGGUUCUUAUGGCAGAACGUAAUGUCCCGGUUUGGGGUUCCGGUGCAGUUGGUGACCGACAACGGGAAGUAG